UAAACAACACCAAAUCCUUGACCUUAAACUUUAUAAGCUGCUACUGCUUGAGAAAACCACGUCAAUAUAUUUGGAUUUGUUGAUAAAAAUUGUAUUGCAAAUCAAAAUUGAUUCUGCAGAAGGCAGCUGGAAAAAGCGUGCUUAUUAAAGUUUGCAAUUAUUAUUUAAAAUAAUAGAAAUAAGCAACAAACAAAAUGCCGAAAGCUGAGAAAGUGAAAGUAAAUGUUAAGGAAAGGGUCGACGAUAAUGUUUGUGAUUUGAGCUUGAGUGGAAUUAACGAGAUACCGGUGCGAGAGAUAGCUUCUUUUAAGCGGGUUACUGUGUUGGACUUGUCGAGCAAUUGUAUCACUUCAUUGGGAAAAAGUUUCAUCACGCUAACACGUCUCGUCAAAGUAGACUUAAGUAAAAACCAAAUACGUUAUUUACCCGAGGAAUUUGGUUUACUACGCAAUUUGCGACAUUUGGACUUGUACGAUAAUAAAUUGGAGCAUCUGCCACUAAGUUUUGGCAAUUUAACAAAUUUACGAUAUUUGGAUUUGAAAGGCAACCCCUUAACGCCAGCACUAGCUAAAGUGGUUGGCUUCUGUCUCACCACCAAAGAAUGUCAGGAUUCAGCUAGAAAUACCGUGAAAUUUUUGAAUCGCAUGCAAGCCGAAGCGGAAAAGGCUAAAGAGCAGUACAAACUCGAAGCGCUAACGAUCGCUACUGCUCCAACUGAGGAUAUUGGCGUCGAAGAGAAACCGCUUGAAAAUGCAAAAUCAAAAAAAUCAACUGCUAAGAAAGCUAAGUCGAAAUCAAAGAAAUCAAACACAAACAACAAUAACAAUGAUAUUAGCACUGAAGUGAAAAUUGCACCAACAAAUGCCAACAGCAAGGCUACGAAAUCCAAAAAGCAUGGAAACGGUGCGGCGAAAAAGUCCAUAACCAAAUCGAGCACAGCACUCACAACUGUUUUCACAUUCUUCAUACUGCUGGCCAUUAAUGUCGUGGUCAUUUACAUGAUUAUGUUCAAGAAUCCCGAGAUAGCCGAUCGUUUGGUAGAGUUUAUACCACAUCAAUACCGCGAUUGGAUACUGACUAAAACGGAAAUUUUCCGUCUUCGUGUCACCGACUGGAUUUCGGAAUUUCGCACACCGCCACAGGAACACUGACGGUUCAUUUAUUUGAAGCCGUAGGUUGUGUGACGCGCUUCAAAUAAAACGCCAAGAAUUGAAGAGUUCGAGCAUUUUUACACAUAAAAACAAAAAUCAAAAUUGCUUGGGAGCAUUUCGUAUAAUAAACACCAGUCAAGCAAUGAAUAAGGCAUAUACACGCGGCUUGCAGUUGAGAGGUUUAACUGGCAACCACAACGCGUGCAACCAAAGAGCAUUCUAAAUACCAAGUGGAAAUAAAAAAAAACAUGAAAUAACUAAGAAUAAUAAUAUUGAAAAUGUCGUAUAAACAACAAGUGAGAGAUUAUGAAUUGGAGUGGAAAGCAACCCGCGAAAAGCUUUCAAUAACAAAUUAGUUUAGGCUUUUUCACUGCCAGAAGAGGAGCGGAGAGUGGCCGUAUAAUUAAUUUUCAUUAUUAUGAGUAUAUACAUAUAUAUUAAGUCAAGCACUUCACAUCACAACAACACACAAUAACUCAAACGCACUGGCAGUUGCAUAUUUAUAUUAAUUACAUUAACGUAACUGUUUUCUGAGAAGCU